ACAAUAAUAUUCCUUGUCUCACCAAAUCAAAACACAUCCCCCUCCUUUUCAUCUCAAUCGAACUUUCAAAAUUCACGAGCUCUGCAAAGUGCUACCAUUACGCGAACAGACCAAAGGAAAAAUUUGAGAUUUUGAUUUAGGAGAAGCAUUUGAUCCGAUCCUGAUGUUGGUAAACGGCGGUGAUUGAUUGAUGUAAAUGAAGGAUCAGAUUCAGGUGAUCGAUGUUGAGAGAUCAUGGUUGUGCAAUUGCGUGGUGAAUGUUCUACUCGAAGAAAAUUACUUGCUAACGGCAUUUGAGUUACUCCGCGAGAACUUGGUUGUAUCGCGAUGUUGAUAGACGGUGAAGAUUGAUUGAUUCAUUGAUGUAAAGGAAGCAUCAGACUUAGAUGAUGGAUGUAGAGAGAUCAUCGCUGUGCAAUUUCGUUGUGAAUUUUCUACUUGAAGAAAAUUACUUGUUAACGGCAUUCGAAUUGCUCCACGAGCUUCUUGACGAUGGUCGUGACGCUCAAGCUAUGCGUCUAAAGGAAUUCUUCGCCGAUCCUUCUCAUUUUCCUGUUGAUCAGAUCUCUCGCUACAGCUCUCUUGGAGUUGUAGACCCUCAAAGUUUGCUAGAAGAGAAAGAAGCAAUAGAAGAAAAAUUAGCACUUAGUGACUAUGAAUUGCGGUUAGCUCAAGAAGAUGUUAUGAAACUGAAGACCGAGUUACAAAGGAAAGUAGAUCUCCGUCGGGAUAGAUUGAGUGAAUCAAGUGUGAGCAAUAACAUAAAUCAUGCUCUGGAAGUCCAUCGGCACAGGAGAGAUGUUCCCUUCUCUACUUUAGGCCCAUUGAAGGCUAAUGAACGUAAAGAUCUGAAUUGUGCGGUAAAGGAAUAUUUGCUGAUAGGUGGAUAUCGAUUAACUGCAAUGACAUUUUGUGAAGAGGUUACAGAUCAGAACCUAGAUGUUUGGGCAAACUCACCAGCAUCUGUGCCUGAUGCCUUGCGCCAUUACUAUUAUCAGUACCUGUCUUCAAGUUCGGAAGCUGCUGAGGAGAAAAUUUCUAUGAUUCGAGAAAAUGAGUCAUUACAAAAAGCAAUUGAGAGCUUAAAUUAUGAGAAAGAGCUUUUGAUGAAAAACAAAGAUUUGGCUGAAGGUCAGAUAAAUGCAUUGACAAAAUCUUUGGCAGCCACUCAGAAGGAUCUGAAGGACAAGGAAAAUCUGAUACAAGAUGUGAAGCAUGCCUGGGAGCAUCAAAGGAAGGAACUAAAUGAUUGCAGGGCUGAAAUCACUUCCCCGAAAAUGCACAUUGAAGGAUCUUCUUCUGUACAAAAUCCGGUGACUAGUAGUGUUGACUCUGCUCAACCCCAGGCCUUAGAAAAUUACAAGGAAGAAAUAGUGUCUUUGCAGAAGGAAAUUGAAAGAUUAAAGUCUGAGAAAAGAGAUAUUCCGGAUUUAAGUGAUUCGAACUGUGCUGAGAAAGAAUCAACAUAUACUGAAGAGAAAGUCGUUGAGGUGGAUGAGAAUAAAACUCUUAUCUCGCAUCCCGUUGAGCCAGCAGGACCUAUAGACAGCAACUCACUGUCUGCGUCAGUUCAAGCAUUUGACAACAGCACUCACAAGCCUGAAGAUAAUUUGGCAGAACCAGCUAUGAAUCCUUCAAGCACUGCUGAUGGUUUCCCAUCUAGUAGAACCUUAUCCCAACAAAAUGAGAAACCACCAUCAGAAGAUAGUAGGCUGCAUUCCAAAUCGGAAACUCCUAGCAGUGGGCCUGCUCCAGAUAAUAUGGGUUUGGGGACCAUUCAAAUACUAGCAGAUGCUUUGCCUAAGAUUGUUCCUUAUGUUUUGAUCAACCAUCGGGAGGAGCUUCUUCCACUGAUAAUGUGUGCUAUUGAGCGGCAUCCAGAUAAUGCCACCCGAGAUUCUUUGACACACACACUGUUCAAUUUGAUUAAACGUCCAGAUGAACAGCAGAGACGAAUUAUAAUGGAUGCAUGUGUUAGCCUAGCUAAAAAUGUUGGGGAGAUGAGAACAGAAAUAGAACUACUCCCCCAGUGCUGGGAACAAAUAAAUCACAUGUAUGAGGAGCGCAGGUUGCUUGUUGCUCAAUCAUGUGGGGAGCUUGCUGAAUUUGUCAGACCUGAGAUUCGUGAUUCUCUUAUUUUAUCUAUUGUACAACAAUUGAUUGAAGAUCCUGCAACUGUUGUUCGAGAAGCUGCUGCGCACAACCUGGCCUUACUACUUCCACUCUUUCCGCAUAUGGAUAAAUAUUUCAAGGUUGAGGAGUUGAUGUUCCAAUUGGCCUGUGAUCCAUCUGGAGUGGUGGUUGAAACUACACUAAAAGAACUACUACCUGCACUAAUAAAUUGGGGAAACAAGUUAGACCAUAUUUUGAGAGUUCUAAUCUCUCAUAUCUUGGACUCUGCUGAGCAUUGUCCACCUCUUGCUGGAGUUGAAGGGUCAGUGGAGUCCCACCUGCGUGUUUUAGGUGAACAAGAGCGCUGGAAUCUUGAUAUUUUGUUAAGAAUUUUGGCUGAUUUGCUUCCUCAUGUGCAUCAGAAAGCAAUUGAGACAUGUCCAUUUUCCUCUGUUUCGGAGUCAAAUGGGCCAAAAUUUUCCAGUUCGGUACUUGAAUUGUAUGCAGGGGGACAUGUCGAGUGGCCUGCAUUUGAAUGGAUGCAUGUGGAUUGCUUUUCUGGUUUGAUACAGCUGUCUUGCUUGUUACCCCAGAAAGAGGAUAGUUUAAGAAACCGAACUACAAAGUUUUUGUUGGCUGUUUCUGAACUUUUUGGGGAAUCUUAUUCGACACACAUAAUGAUGCCUGUAUUCUUGGUAGCAGUUGGGGAUGCUGCUGAUUUCACAUUUUUCCCUCCCAACAUUCACUCGAGAAUCAGAGGUCUAAAACCGAGAACAGCUGUGGCUGAGAGACUUGCUGUUCUAGGUAUCCUGCCACUUCUCUUAGCGGGUGUUCUUGGAUCUCCUGGUAAGCGUGAACAGUUAGCAGACUACUUGAGAAAGCUAUUAGUUGAAGGUGCCAUGAAAGAGAAUCAGUCUAUAACACACAACAAUGAUAUUGUUAAUGCUGUCCGCUUCCUUUGUACAUUCGAAGAACAUCAUAGCUUGAUAUUUGAUAUCUUGUGGGAAAUGGUUGUUAGCUCAAAUAUAGAAUUGAAGAUUGGUGCUGCCAAUAUACUGAAAGUCAUUGUGACAUACGUUGAUGCAAAAGUUGCCUCUACACAUGUUCUGCCUGCCUUGAUUACCCUUGGCUCAGACCAAAACCUGAAGGUGAGGAAUGCAAGCAUAGAUGCUUUUGGGGCUGUGGCACAACAUUUUAAGAAUGACAUGAUUGUUGAUAAAAUACGUGUUCAAAUGGAUGCUUUUCUCGAAGAUGGUUCUCAUGAAACAACCAUGGCCGUGGUCCGUUCAUUAGUGGUAGCACUUCCACAUACAACAGAGAGAUUUAGGGAUUAUUUUUUAACUAAGAUUUUCCAACUGACAAGCAUGCCUGCUUUUGCAACUGAUGGGAUGUCUCGCCGAGAGAGAGCUAAUGUGUUUUGUGAAGCCAUAUGUGCUGUGGAUGCGACAGAUAUUUCUGCAAAUAGCAUUCGUGAUUUCCUUCUUCCUUCAAUUCAAAACUUAUUAAGAGACCCCGAUACACUAGAUCCUGCACACAAAGAGGCCCUCGAAAUAAUUUUGAAAGAAAGAUCCGGUGGAACUUUUGACGCUUUGAGUAAGGUUAUGGGAGCUCACAUCGGGAUUCCAUCAUCAAUGACUAGUAUCUUUGGUGAGGGUGGGCUGCUAGGCAAGAAAGAAAGCACUGCACCAACGUCUCCGGUUGGAUCUCCAAGAGCUGGGGCAUCAUCCGCACAUGGACUUGCACCAGAGGAUACUAGAUUCAUGCGCAUCAUGAGGGUCACUGACAUGCUGCGAGGCAAAGCAAAAAGCCAAGAAGAAACUCAUCAGAACCAGUGAAACCAAGUGAGACUCUUCUUCCCUAACUCCUUUAUGAGAUGAAUAUAUAUAAAUAUUUGUUUAUUUGUUUAUUUAUUCAUGUCAUACAUGAGGAUGCUCGUAGCAGGUGUCAAUUCUUUGAUUAUAAUUUCCUGCCAAAGCGCAUGUUAAGGAAGAAAAACAAGAUGAGAUUAUGUGGCGGCUCUUGUCUUUAAGAUUUCUUCACAUAGAAUCUAAGCAUUGCGUUCUUGUCUUUAAGAUUUCUUAUAGUCACUGAAAUUAUUGGAUAGUUUAUAAGAAAAAAAAUAAUUCAAGUUAAAGCAAAUUAGUGAAGUUAAUUCUGUUACUGACUGAUAUAAA